AUGGGGAGCUUGCAUUUCUUCCUCCUCGCCUUUGCCUCGGUGAUCUUUGGGGACAAGGGCAACGGCAAGUGCUACGCAGCGGCGAGCGUUGAGGCCGCAAAGGGCCUCUGCCAGGAGAGCCUGGUAUUUGCACAAGCAGGGGAUCCUUCCACUUGCUUGGCCUGGGCUGCGCAAGGUUUUUCAAACCCUUGCCGUGCACCACUCCAAGGACCCCUCCUUCCUGUCGCGUAUUUGGGGCGCCAUGUCAGGCGGUGCGCAAACGGGAUGGAAGUGCGGUACCUGCAAGAAGAUGAGGUCGCCCAAUGCGUGGUAUUGCGAUCUAUGUGGAUAGAGCUGGGAGGUAGUUUCUCAGCCCAUGGAUCAGCACAGCAUUGGCAAGACGCGCAUCAACGUACAAAAAGUCCGCGGCCCAAAAGACAACGGUCUCACAAGAAGCAAGCUGUGCCCCAAUGGAAUCAGCAAGGACAGCCACAUCUACGCCAAGAUCAAGGAGGUGCACCAUGGUCUGGGCCUGGCUCGUGGCCUGCUGCCAAUCAAUCAGAGGGCAAGGGGCUGUGCAAGGGCUUUCCGCCGUUCCAAAUGAACAUUGCUUCUCCGCCGCCGCCUCCCCCGCCUAUGCUUAUGGCCCCCCCAGUUCCCCAUGGGGUGCCAUGGAUGCAACAACCUAUGCCUAUGAUGCCAGUUCCCUACAUGCCGCCCACGGUCGAGCCGCAUGUUGCUGCUCAGUCAUCAAAUGCAGUGGAACCAUCAAAUACUGCGGAGGCUUUGCAGGCGGGAAUGACUGCUCAACGAAAGCUUUCAAAAAUCAUGAAGGCGGUCAAGAAGGAGGACAACCUUUCUCCAGAAUUUCAACAGUUGGUUCAUACCGAGUUGAAGCACGAGGAGAAGGAAAGCACAGACACCCUCUUGGAUACUGUCAAAGAAUUGGGUCAUGCCAAAGAUGCGCUCCUAGAGGCUACCAAUACCUUGAGGCGUGCACAAAGAAAGGUCGAUUGGGCCAAAAAGCGCACCGAUACCAUUGGAGUCGAUGGUGUUGCCCAGGUGAUAUCAGACGACGACAUGGACGAGCAGGAGCCCAAGGACGAAGAGGAAUUGCCACGGGACGAAAAUGCACAAAGAAUCCAAGAAGGAUUGAACCAAGUUGUCACAAGCCUGGUGGAUCUCUCGCACAAUGCGGAGAAGUUGGAACCCAAACCCAAAAGGCCACGCACCAAAGAGGAGGAAGAUAUUGCAGGGCCACGCCUGGGCUUAGUGACAGCAGUCAUGCUGUCUUCCUUCAUUGGAGGCAUUCAGUUCUACAAGAAUCGACGUUUAUGUCGCCCUGGGCAGCAAUUGAGGUUGCUUUCGAUCUCGCUGCAGAGCUUGGUUAGUUUCGAUGCCAACGUCCUUGUCUUUCAGGGGAAAGAAAGUGGGAAGUUCCACCCCCACUGGACCUGCAUCAACGACAGACCAGCUCGGCAAGUUCCACAAGCACCACGAGGAGAAGAUUCUGGUCGCUCAGCUACCAGUCCACAGGGCCAAGGAUCUUCGGCUGGAAGUACCCAGACCACGCAUUUCCUUGAUAGACGCCUACCAGAUGAAGUUCCAGGAUAUGUUCACCACUUACAACACUUGUGGCGGGAUAAGCUCAUACGGCUACCUCCUGGACAACCUUAUCGAGUGAGGUCCUGGUACAUUCAUCACACCCAUCAGCAAGUCUGGAAAACUCCAAGGUAUAUUGAUUUGCAUGGAGAUGGAACAUUCUGGCAUCGCGAUCUUCUUGUGCAGUGGCGAGACCAGCUACACAAUGAUGAAGUCUUGAACAUUGCAGUAGUGUUCCCAGCCCUACGUGCUCUUCAGCAUACUCAUCCAGUUCAUGCUGACUUGAUUUUAGUGCAGGGUGGCCUCAAUUAUUGUGGAGGUCUCACGACAGUGUUUCCACCAGGUGCACAUGCAGACGCCAGCUAUACUUGGGCGGCCUCAUAUCCUCGACAUGUAGGAGGUGUUGGCAUUUUGGCAGGAGUUGAUGCGGAAAACUACCUGCAAGCCCAUGUGUGCGAUGUCUUCCAUGGUGGUAUUACUAUCCCAACGACAAAUGCGCCCUCGCACUGGAUGUCCAAUGGUCACUCUUUUGUUGCGGUCUUCCAGGGCAUGCAAGGUCGGGUAGAGAUCGAGGAACUCUUUCCCAACAGUCCGACCACAUACCAAUCGGUACCUGUUCAAGCGCCACCAGCGACCACUGUGAGUUCUUCAGAGGAGGCUCAUUUCAUCGAGGAGGAUGCAGAAGAAAGUCCCCCACUUGAAGAGUCCAGUUUUGAUGAAGAAGACUUGCAGGGCGUUCAGGUCAACCAGAUUGGCCGACCCAUGCAUCAUUGCUUCCUCAGAUGGCGUACGUAUAACUUGGUCCUCUUUGACAUGGUCCACUCCAUUGGCCUACAUCGUGACCUUGCUGUUGGUUAUCAUCGGAUGCUUGCUCAUUUGGUUGAUCAGCACCCCUCGGAAGAAGUCGUCAUUUUGCAAAGGGUUGGAGACAUCCCAUUGGCUUCCACAGCCAAAUUAGUUUUGCUUGAUCUCACUUAUGCGACGCAUUCACUUGGGCCAGGAGACGUGAUGCGAGAUGUGCGACUACUGCCUCCGAGAUUGACUCGAAUGGGCUUGCUUCAAACACUUCGUUUGCAAGAUGACUGCGUCUCUCCUCAUGGUGAUCAUUGUCGUGUUUUCCUCAACAAUGUGUUGUGGCCGUUCUCUGAUACGGGAGCAAGAGACCUGCAGCACGGUAGCUAUCUUCGUAUCCAGCUCUCACAAGAUCAUGAGCGUGCCCAGGUUGCCCAGGCCAGCAAAAGACAGAAGACCUCUUGUGGCCUUUCGAAUGAGCAAUCUAGUUUGCGUCAACGUUCUGGCCCCAGCUCUGGUUCAGCCCAUGGCCCGGGCGACACUGCUUCCUUCUUUCAGGUCCAGUCAGUAUUUGAGGUCCUGGGCAUUCAACGAUGGUGUGAUCGGCGUCAAUGUCUACUCCACAUUGCCGGACUUGAGGUUCCUCGGAAUGAGCUGACCCAACUGCAACAUGGAGACGGAAUUGUCGUCACCAUCUUGCCUCAGCAACUACCGAUUGAACCUGAUGAUACAUCGCUUAUGCAGACUGAUCGUGGCGAUACCAUCUCUGCAGUUCAAGCUCAACGGUCCACUGCGGAUGCACUUGACUUUGCUGAUGCAACUUCACCAGUUCUUCCUGGCCUCACUGCCCUACCGACGCCUGUACACAUGCGAUGGCAGGAUGCGGUGGCUGACUAUUUCCACGACGAGGCUGUCAUUGAAUGUGAGGAGGAAGGGUCUGUCUUGUACAUCUGGACAUGGUACAUUGAUCAUCAAGCAUUUCGGCAUUGCCCUGAGCCCAAGAUUGUUCGCAUCGGUUCUGCUCGACAUGAAUGGCUGGAGAAGAUUUACGAACCUUGGCUCUCCCUUUUGAACCCUCGGGCUGUCACCAACGUGGCUGUUGUGCACCCCAUUCCGCCACAUGACGCUUUGAGGAUUGAAACUCUUCACAUCAUGAUUGAGCAAAACCCCUUGGAGCCAAGAGCAGCCGCUGUAUUGUCAGCAAUUUUUCAUGAGGCUGCUGCAAAUCGUCUUUUACAGGCAGCCUACUCUUUGCCACGGUGGUUGUGUACUGAGGAUAUCAUCGACUUCCUUCAGCUCAACCCCAUUUGCGAGAUUCAACGAUGCUCCGCUCGUGCUGGUCGCAUCCCGUUUGAGCAGUUUGUCAGACAUGACAUCCCGUCUGCCUUGAGCAUUGAGCUACACGUCAGGUUAGUCGGCGAUGGCAGCGACACCGGCAAUUCCAACAACAUGAUGAACCACCACCACCGCAAGAACAUCUUUCAGAUGAACAUCAUGAUGUUCCAAACCGCGUUUCAGCAUAUACACAGAUCACUGCGGAGGUCUGGUACUCAGAUCACUUGCGUCGGCCCUGGUCCGAUUCUGGACGCACUGUUGCACUUUACGCAAUGGAUUUCCCGACUACUGAAUGUGUGGUCUGAUUGGAUUCUUCCUGGUAUCCCGUAUGACAUCGUGGUGGUAUGUCCAACGCUCCUUGGAGCCAAUGAUGGCAUCCACUUUCAUGUGAUGAUCCUGCAGCAGCCACAGCCGACUUCAAAAUCGAUUCUGCUCACAGUCAUGGACCAGUACACAGACCCUUGGGCACCUGGAUUGAUCUCCAUUGUGGUGCCUAAUGCCAUUGACCACUGGAUGCUCUUGCACUGUGCAGUAGUUGAGUUUCAAUGCCCACCUGCAGUUCCACAUACUCGGUGCUACUCUUUCUGGGGCAAUACGGAUCUUACGGCUGGAAAUUUGGUUCCGGUUCGGCAUGGCAUGUGUUUUACUGUUACAGUAGAAUCUGCUGCAAAUCCUGGCGACGCUGACCCUGUUGCACAUGAUGAGCAAUUUGGUCCAGCUACUCCUGAAGUGACAAGUCUGCUUCAGCUGCGAGCCACUUAUGGGCGAGUCCACCGUGUGACCGCGAUGCUGAAGCAGCAGGCCACUGACCUCCAAAGCACCCUCGAGAAGGCUUAUUCGCUUGCAUUCUUGGUGGUUAGGAAUCGCAUCGCCAAGUUUGCCUUGGACAAAGAGCCCUGUGAUCCCCUGGCUGUACACUUGUGGCCGUUGCAUGCCUUAGCUAGGCUUCAAACGUGCCCUCGCCCUUUGUUGGCCGCCUUUCCUCCCUUGUGUGAUGGACAGGUGAUGCAAUUUCCAUCGUCGUUGAAGAGGAUUGGAUUGCCUUCGCAUGCCCCGCCAUCCAAGCAUGAGUCUUUGCCUGCUUCCUGGACUUUGGAUUGCCGUUUCAUGACUGCAAACGUUCUGGUUUUAGACUCGCAAGUUUCUCAACGAGAACAUGGACGACGAGUUGGCUUGCGUACGCAACGGCUUGACGCACAAUGGCACGAAUUGCGCAUCAAUAUAGUUGGUCUUCAAGAAGCGAGAACACCCAAGGGCAUUUUUCAUUCUGAGCACUACCAAAUUUGGUCUUCAGGAGGAGAAGGACCGGAAGCAGCUCGUUUGGGGUGCGAGCUUUGGUGUCACCGUACUUUGGCUCUAGCAACCACAAGGGAGCACAAGACAUUGGCCUUAAGUGACUUCCGUGUGGUGGUGCAACAUGCUGAUGCCAGGCGGCUUUUUGUGCGCUUUGAGAGCAGUGCCCUAACCUUCACGGUGGUAGUAUUUCAUGUGCCUUGCCUCCAGAGUGCCCAGGUAGGAGAUCAUCGACCCAUCACCAGAGUGCAGCAAUGGUGGGAAGAAACUGGGCAAAUUUGCGACAGAGUACUUCAAGACGACCUGGUAUGGUACUUGGUCGAUGCCAAUGCCCCUUUGGCAACAGCUGAAACAAUCAGUUUCGGCUUGAUGCAUGCUGAGCCCAGCAACAAGCAGGGAGCCCUUUUUGAAGAGUUCCUUUUGGAGCGCCAGUUGGUUGUCCCUUCCACCUUUGCACGGUACCACACUGGAAGUUCAGAAACCUGGACUCACCCAACAGGCAAACGUAUGAGGAGAGACUACAUCAUGACCUCUCCUGCGGCUGCACCGUCCACCAUUCGGACGUGGGUACAGGUUGACCAUGACACGACAUUUGACCACGAGGAUCAUCUUCCUCUUUGUCUUCAUGUACAGGCUGCCUUUGAAGCUCACGCCGCUGCCCCCAAGCGCAUCCGUUGGGACACAGAUCGGCUACGUGAUCCAAAUGCCGUUGCGGCUUUUCAAGCGGCUCUCAGCACAUUGCCAUUGCCUACUUGGGACGUUAAUGUAGACGAACACUGCCGCCUCUAUGAGACCAACCUCCUGCAAAUUGCUAGGCAGCACUUUGAAAGGAGAGACAAGAGUAGGACAAGACCUCAGCUCACUGCCAGCACUCUCCAGUGCAUUGCCUUCAAACGUCACCUGCUUGACUGUGGCCGAGCUUGGGAAUUGAUGCAGGAUCAGGAUCCGGUCUUCCGCUCUGAACUCCGAGAGGUGGAAAAGGAAGUCAAAGCCAGAGUUCAGCAAGAUCUUGGGAUCCACUAUGACCAGUUACUGGUGCGCCUACAACAAGCUGGAGAUAUGCACAACCUCAAGCUUGUCUUCCAGCUGCUGACUCGGUUUGGCUCCAGACGUAUCAAAAAUGGCAACAAGGCGAGACCGCUUCCAGCCCUGCGCAAGAAGGAUGGCACAUUGGCCACUACCUUCACUGAGCAGCAGAUGAUCUGGAUGGAACAGUUCAGUGAAAUUGAAGCUGGUGUCCCAAUGCAUUGGAGCGAACUACAACGAUUAGAUCGACCUGGGUUGGGGCCUCCCCGGGACAUUCACUGCCAGGAGCUUUUCCCAUCGCCUUGCUUUGCACCCGCGUUGGAACUUAUGAACAUACAUUUAACUUAUGGAAGUUGUAAGUUAACUUAUUCCAUGGCAUUAAAAAAUAUGUUGAUAAGUAGGGUUGUAAGUUCAUAA